AUGAAAGACGGCGCGUCAGGCGAUCCGCCCCCUUCGGGGCCACCUUCGCUUCCAGGAGAAAGGCCACCACCUUCGCAUUUCUCUGCGCCAGCUUCCCAGGAGCACCCCUCCCAGAUCCCCUCGUAUUUCCCUCCGGUCGGGCUUGCGUCCGUUCCUUCUCCUCCGCCGCCUCAAACUGCUCAUCACUUAGGUUCCUCUCCUCUGCCUGUUGCCGCCGCGCCGUUCCCACAUCUCGGCUAUGAGUCCGUGCCCCAGCUCCCUAGUCUGUCAGCCCACGCGGGGUUUGUGCCCAGCGGCGAGCCGGCUCAGCGUGAGUAUGUCUCCGAAACUGUUUCUGGUUCCCCUCACCCUCUCUCUGGCCCUCCGCCGGGGCCUGGACCUGCCGCCGCCGCCGCUUUCGCGCCGGCGUCAGUCCACGGCACGGCGGCGCCUUCUCGCCCCGGCGGCGGUCCUUCUGCCCCCGUAGAGGGGAACCUCGUGCCUGUCUCUCGGCUGCAGGAAGCCCCAGCAUUUCCUGGGCCGCCGCCCGGCGAGACUGUCCCAGGCCUUCCAGGCGGAGGCUUCGCUCUCCCGGGCAUCGCUCGUAGCGUCGAGGAGACCGCGCCUCGCGUCGCGUCGGGCUCGGCCGUCGCGACGGGCCCUGUCGCUGUCUCCGCGGCGGUGGAGUGUCCACUUUUGGCUUCCGAGCCUCCGGUCGCGGGGCCGUCUCCGGAGGGGCAGUCGGCCGGGGCGAGAGACGAUGCGGGUCGGAUCGGGGAGGAGGAUAAAGAAGCCAGGAGAAAACACAUGCUUCCGUCUUCUCCCACGACGCUCCAAACCCUCACAGAGUUCCUGCGCGCGGCGCCGGCCAUGUGCAACGAUUCGAACGUGCCUGACAGCAGAGAGGGAAGUGAUUUGAGCGGCGGCCAGUUUCUUCUUUCCGACUUGUCCGGGUCUUCCUCCCUGUCGGGCUCCCAGUUUCUCACGCCUCGAGUCCGCGCUGUCAGGAAGUGCAUCGACCUCCUCGCAGAAAAUCGCGGUCCCGAGGCGUCCAGCGCAGCUGCUGUCAUUCUGCCUGCGACGCUUCUUCUACUCCGUUCAGUGACGCCAGUCAUGAAAGAGGGAGAAGUGUACGUCUUUCGGCAAUCUCUUCUCACUCUCCUUCGCCUUGUCGCCAUCGGGACUGCUUCCUAUCCCUACAGUGUUCUCCCUGCGGCUCUGGCCAGCUCCGGAGCGGCCGGCUCGGUGGCAGACGAGAAGGCGAGCGAUCAGCCUCCGCCGUCGACGGAGAAUGAGAGCGAGGCGAGCAUGCAGGAGGAAGGGAAAAAGGUGGAAGAAGCGCGACGGGAGCUCGAGAAAGCCAUGGCGAUGGUCACACAGGCAGCGGUCGCAUGCGGGGCUAUCGAGAACCCCAGUGCAUCUUCCGAAGCGACAGACGACAGCGAGGAAGCUUCGAAACGGUCGGAACGAGCCGAGGAAAGCGCCUCAGACAAAACCAUUCUUCCCGGCCACAUGGACAUCGCUUCCACGUGCCUCCACGUAGUCCUGUCCGACUGCGAAGACAAUGCGGUGCGAGCCCUCUCGGUCCUGAUCGACCUCGCGCGCUUUUCGUCCUCGCCGAGCCGCCCUGAGGCCGCGUCGUCUUCGUCUCUUCCCGCCUCGUCUGCCGUCUCGGGCCGGCCUCAGCGCACGGCGUUUUCGCCCACUCCGGCGGUGCUUCCGCGGGCGGGAGAGCUUCUGCACGACACGCUGCCUCAGCUGUACAUCCACCUGAUGGAAGCGAUCCGCGCGCAAGUCAAGAAGUGCGAGCGCACAGGGAAGCCCCCCGAAAUAGGGGAAUUGCCCUUAGGCAUUGUUAAUCGCGAAGAGGGUCAGCUCGUGCCUUCCGUCCUUUCCAUCCGCGUUGCUGGCGACAUCGCCUACUGCCUCAUCGCCCUUUCCACUCGGCUCCCGAUGAUGCUCCUGCUCCUUCAGCAUCCAAAGUCUUUGCAGAGGCUUCUCCAACACAUGCUGGAAUUCGUGCAGAUGGAGGUCCCCGGAGCGCCGGUGUUGCCAAGGCGAGCUGCGGCACCGUGGUACCAGGCACAGGCUCAGCACAAUGGCGGUCGGACAGUUUUCUACGAUUUUCUGUACGCGCAAACCCGCAUUUUCUUCCUCUUUUGUUACCUUAUCAAGAAUGCCCCGGCCCCGGCCCCGGCUGUCUUGACCGCUUCGACAUCCCAGAAGACGGGGAAUGCGCGGACCGCCUCGACGCCUCCCACCACAGACUCCGCGUCGGCGUCGAGUGUCUCGUGUGCCGUCUCUGACCUUGCCUACUUUCUCGCGCGUGAGGCAGCCCCGUCGCUUCCCGCACUGAUUCCGCGCCUUUUGGGAUUGCUCGGACCGCCCUUUUUGUUCAAGCGGAAAACGGUCCACGAAUCCCUCAAACUGUUGGUCUCCUCGCCGCGUUUCCGGCGCCUAGUCUCGCCCUAUCUGAGGCAAAUCCUUCGCGACGAGCUGGCCGCAGUGUCGUCGAGUGCAGACGCCCUCAUGCUGCGCACCUACGCCUUCACACACAUCCACGACCUGUUAAUUGCCUUUGCCUCGGACCUCUCCACGUGGGAUGUCUCCUUCCUCGCGUCCCUCCUCCGAACAAUUGGCGCGGCCCUAAAUGCGGACUUGCUGACUGUGCUAGGAGCUGGAGAGAAGAGAGGAGUUGAAGCGUGCGAGGGGGAUAGGGAUCUCCGGAACCUGGGACGAAACGCACCUUCGGCCGGCAGAAGAAAGCAAAUGGCCUCCGUGACGUGUCCGACAGAGAACUCGGUCGGCAACAUGCUGUACACUCGACAACUCCUCGUGAAAAUCGUCAGCUACGUCAUCGAAGUCGCUGUCAAGAAUGCCCACCAUGCAGGUGCCGUUCACGCAGCGGCUGCGGCCACCCACGUGGUCACUGAGCUCUACGAGGGCGAGACGAAGAAGGACCGAGCAGGAAAAAGGGAAGAAACGGAGGUGCGAAUCCCGGGCGAAGGCGAAGAAAGCAGUGCCCAGAUGACUUGGGACGCCCCAAGUGCCGCGGAAGACACAUCGGAUCCACCUGGCAAAGACACGUCGCAGUCACCUCAGGCGCCACCCGCGCUCCCCGAGGUCUCCGCGCCGAGCAUCGCCGCGUCGUGGCGAUCGGUCGAAGGCGGAGAAUUCGGCAGACGAGUCGACGAGCGCCUGGCCGCUGUGCGCAGCCUCUUGCGACAAGCAGUUCGGAUUCUUGCCAUCUCGCUCAAGACACUGCGAGCGAUGCUUCCUGCGCUGUAUGCGCAAGCGGCGUCGAUCAAUCUCUCUCUUCCUUCACCCUCGUCGUCGCCCCCGUCUUCGAUCUCUUAUCCUCUGGACGUGUCGGGAGGCAGCCCGCCUUCGAAUGCGUGCGGAGCUGCGGCGCCGUCGAGGCCCGCAUUCUAUCCGCCACUGUCAGCGUACGCGCUGCUGCUUCCCUAUCACCAUAGCCCGCCGUCGGAGUCUCUGUUACCGGAGUUUUCCUUUCUGGCGCCUCCGCCUCACUCGCCGCUGUGUCACGACGCUUGCGGCCCAGAGGCUGCAGCGGAUGUCUCCGUUGCGACCGUGGCGGCAGACGUCCUGGGAGCCCACAGCCUCCAGGGCGUUGCCUCGCAGGCGCUCCCGGAUCUCCUCAGGCAGCUGAAGAAUACGUUGAGAACCACGGCAGUGGCCCUCAGGUGCGCGCUCUACUACCAAGCUGUUCUCGAGAUCGAAGUGGAAAUCGCCGCCUCUGCUGCAGCUGAGGCAGCUGCGUCGACGGCCCAUUCGCGUUUCCUAGCGAAGCGCGAAGAAGAGCGGAAGCAGGGGCGAGCGACAUCCGCGCCUGCUCAAGGCGGGGGCGAUCGCGAGAAGGACGAAACAUCGCCCACGACACCGCCUGGCCCACACGCGCCUGCACCCGCGUCGCCUGCCGAGCCGUCCACGUCCAGCGGGAAGCCUGAGCCUGCAGCGGCGUCUCCGGCGCCGCGUCCUUCGAGCAGCCAAUCCGCGUCGGGUGCGGACCCGAUUGGGGCGGCUGCGGCUUCCGCCGGCUUAUCUGCCGCGUCGACUGCCGUGGCGCGCAUGGCCUUUGAUGUCCGCCUGUUGCCUCGAGGCCACGCGCUCGACGUGGCGGAACUGGAGGUUCUUUCAGAGGCCUUCUUCGACGGGCUAGUGUGUGCGCGGGCCUACGGCCGCCUCUACGCCGCAUGCACGGCGCCGUGUCUAGUCUCCUGUCUCCGCUGCGGAGGCUCAGGAGCCUUCACUCUGCGCGUCCCGGACCUCCCGGCACUGCUGGCGAAGGCGAGUGCAAUGGCUGCACAAGACCAAACCGCGGCUGCGACGGCUUGGCCGCUGCCGCCGCCGCCGUCGCAGGGCGAAUCCGACGCGAACUGUUUCUGCUGCACUGCGGGGCCUCAUGGGCCCUUGAGUCGGGCGCGGGGGAAGCCGGUGGCGAGGAACGGCGAAGGGGGACAUGAAGCCGCGGGACAGAAGCAUGGCCUCGACUCUGGAUCCGAGAGUCCCUGGUUUGCGUCUUUCUCUCCUCUGACGCGAUGUGCGGGCGGCGGAUGCCGCGGGAACUGCUGCUGCAGCGAAGCGUGGGCGGCUGGGACGGGCCGGGGGGGGACUGCCUGCCAUCUCUUUGUCAGUGAGCAGCAGGGGUACAACGAGCUCGUCCUGUCUUGCGCGCAGGGCGAAGAGCGCGAGGCGAUUGAAGUCGUUGCCUCCUCGCUCACCUUCCUCCACCCAGCGAAUCUGCGAGACUUUGCAUUGGCGCAUAUCGGCAGGCUCUACGGGAUGACGUGCCUCAAUCCAAGCACCGUUAUGGCCCUGCAGUUCUUCUUCGCACACCAGCACACGUGCGUCUUCUUUGCCGAGGCUCUUCUUUCGUUCUUGCUGCCGUCGCUGCCUGUGUUGAGCGAACGAAAGUACGCGCUUCUUCCCCCGCUGCUGGUCUCUUCGCCCCUCCAGCUACGACUGCUCGGCGUGCAGGGCGCGACCCCACUGUGGUCCCCCGAACGAGGAGGCAGACGCGCAUGCACAGCGUUGCAGCCGCCGAUUCUCGGUGGCCGGAAGCAGCCGCAGUCUUACUUUUAUUUUCAGGGCUUCAGCGAAGACCGAGGCGAAGAGCUGCGCGGCAGUGCAAGGGAAUGGGGGGGCGGGAGCGAGGACGAAUCGGACUGGUCAGUUGACGCCAACCGUGUUCGCGUGUAUCGGCAAUUCGACGCAUGCAAACUGCUCUCGAGGGAGGCCCAGAUGAGUGAUCUGGUCAUGUCCGCCCUAGACUUCCAGCUUCCGCUGCCCGGGGAGGGCGUCUUCACGUCCCUGGUCUUUCCGCAUACGCCGCCGCACGCCCAUCGUCACGGGCUUCGCGAGCGAGACUUAAGACCCGGUCGACGCAGCCGAGGGAAUGCGACGCAUCGCGCAGGCAACGCGCAUGCGGUCGAUCUCUUGGACGCCGGCGUGCUCACACGUGACGGCGGCCUGCAAGCGAUUCUCGCCUGCGGCGGCGAGCCCCGAGCGCAACGCCGCCCACUGCAAAGGACUCGACUCAGCGCGAGGGACCACGAGAGCGGCCACAUACAUAGCCGCGCGUUUGGCCAAUCUCGGCAGAAAGACAGGAGACGCGUGACGAAAGGGUUUAGCUCUCAGCUCCUGUUCCUCGCGGACAUCUUCGAUCUGCCGCCCCCACGGCUGCAAGACCGAGCGCUUCUUGUCGCCGAUCACCGUCUCGACCUCCACGCGGGAAUAACAGGGAACAAACCAGCAGGGCGUGGCGAUGAAGAAUGCGGACGCGAGAGGAUGCAGAGGCUUGAAGAAGAAGAAGCCAUCGCGUUCAGUGUGUGGGAAGAGCCGCAGCAACAGGAGCAGCGGCCCUGGACUCAAGAUGACGCGGAUGUCCCCCCCUCCUGUCUGCCGACACCUCUGGAGACCUCGUGCGCGGAGGCCGCCUUCGUUCCAGGCGAUCCACGUCUCACAGAGACAGCCUUCUCCCUUCGCAGCUCUCUCUAUCUCCGUUCCCUCCUGCCUCUCGACCAACUGCUCCCGAGUCCUUCGACGCCCUCUCCCCUUAUCUCCUCGGUCUACCCUCUCGCCUCGCUCCCGGCUCCAAACUUUUGUCCACCUGCUUCACGAGAUGUGAACUGUGAUCCCAAGUUGCGGCCGUCCACCGGCCUGUCUUCGCUGUCUCCGUUUCGGCGUCCCACGUGCGUCGCAGGGCGUCGGUCUCCGCUCGGGGCACCCCCAGCUUUGGAUAUGGAGGAGGCUUCGAUUGAAGCGAUCCAUCUGCUGGAGAAGAUGAUACAUCUCGUAGCGCCUAGCUCCGCGCCUGCCCCUCGCUCGACUCCGCGCCGUGCGCCUUCUGACAGGCCUCGCGCCUCGAGGGACUUGUCGCCGUUCCCGCCGUUCGCAGGCGACGCAUCCCCGCUGUUUUCUGGGCCCACAGACACCGGACACGUCGUGGGCGGCGAGGAAGGGCUGUUGUACAGCAGCACAGGGUAUGCGCGGAUGACCGAGGCCAGCACACAUCUUCGACUGUAUCGCUAUCUCCUGAAAGCCGUUGUCGCGUGGCCCGAAUGCGAAGCUCGCCUGACGCAGGAUCUCCUGCGUCUGUGCAAGACGACGCUGUCUCUCGCAGCUGAGGCUCCCCAGCCUUACCUGCUCCUGGGUCUGUUGCGGGCGCUGUUUCGGCAGACGACCCCGUCCGGCCGCAGCAGCUCUCUGUACACCGCUUUCCUUCCGUUUCUACCAGAGUUUCUCUCCACGUCGCGUGCUCUCCAGCGCGCAGCCGGCUCAGCCGUCCCACUCCUGCGAAAUCUGUGGGUUGAAGUGUGUCUCAUGGCGCCCGCGAGACUGAAGAACCUCCUGCCUCACCUCUCCUCGCUCGUUCACCCGGUCCUCACGGCGUUGUCCUGCGGCGACCCCGAGGUCGUCACGCUCGCCCUACGGACGGUCGAACUGUGGGUGGAGAACCUCCGGGGCGAGUACAUCUAUCCGAUCCUCGCCUCGCAGUUCCACGGCGGUGUGAGGAGCGAGACUCGCCCCCCGCUGCUCCUCGCGCUCCUGCGUCUCCUGCAGCAGCCGCCCGUCCUCGCCGAAGCCUGCUGCGGAUCGCUCCCCCCCACCUGGGGCUUCCCGGCACUUCGCCUCUACCACGCCUCAGGGGCUGCGCCUGACACGGCCGAGGAACUGGCGGCGCGGCGCGGCUCCGGCGGGGCCACCACGUCCGCAGGAGCUGCUGGCGGCCUUCUCCAGUCGUACCCGCCCGCGUUCCCCGGGGCUGGCCCAGGAAGCGCCGGGCCAGGCGGCUUCGCGUACGCGCCGGGAGCGCCUGGCGCCGCGGGCGCCGGCGCCCCAGGCGCAGUGGUGGGGAGCGCUGUCUCUGGUGGACAGGGCGGGUACAUCGGAAGCUCCAGGGGGGGGCUUGGCGGCGGCGGCAGUCCGCUCCUGCUGACGUUGCCUCAAAUGACCUUUGGGGCGCUUCCGAUAGGCCUGGGAAGCGUCGGCACGGGAGGCGGAACCUUGGGGACUCUGUGUGGAGAGGGAACGAUGCUCGGGCCUCGCAGCUCCGCAGCCGCGAGUGGAAUCCAGUGGAUGCACCUGCAGCAUCAGCAGGAGAAGCACGCCUUGAUGGUGAUUCGCAUUCUGGGGAAACUCGGGGGCAAAAACCGGGCUUUUCUCAAACUUCCUCACAUCUGCGCCCCACGACCAUUCUUUGGCAAUGCGCUCGUUCUCGGGCUCCCGAUGGUGACGCCGCGUGGGCCGGUUCGAGGUGUCUCCUCGUUGCCGCGUGGAGACGACACUCGGGCUGAGGCUGUCUCCUGGGUCUCACUGGGGCUAGAGGGGCGCCCGACCGACAGGACCGCCCCACAAGGGCCAGCGCCGGGCGGGGAGACGGGCGACGCGGUUCGAGGCGGCGACUCCGUGGCGCGCUCUGCCACUGACCGCGCGAGCCCGACUGCUGUGCCUGAGGAAGGAGGAAAUGACGAGGCCAGCGAGCAAAGAGAUGAGUGCGAAGAAGACGUUGGCAUACGCGUCGCGGGCUUGGACAUGGACGAAAUUCUCAGGGUGAUUGUGUCGAUGCUCGAAGCUGCAGAAAGCUCGAGUCAGUCCGCCUACUUGUACCACGCGACGACCCCACAGCUGACGGCGUCGCUGCUUCCUCGGCAUCUCGCGAGGACCCAGGAACAGGCGCUGGGCCUCUCUGGCUUCGGCUCUGGAGACGCGGUCUCAAGCGUUUCACAGGCGCGCUUGUGUGAAAAGCAUCAGAGACAGGUCGGCACAGACGGAGAGCCGAACGAACAGGCUGAGGGCGAACCCGCUGGAGAGUAUCGACGCCCUGACGCGGAGGGAGGCCUGAGUGAAGCGUUGAGGGCGCUGAAGCACGCACUGGAAAUGCAGGUGCAAAGGCGGCUCAAACGGAAUUUGGAGCGGCGUGGAGAGGCAGAGAAGGAAGGCGUGAGAGACGAAGACAUGGGAGACGACCAGGAUUCUGCGUCGAACUCGACAGAGACGUUUGAAGGCUCGUCCAGCACCGAGGACGAGGCUGACAGCGAAGAAGAGGACGGGGCAGGAGGAGCCCAAGGGGACGGCGGGCACCGCCCCCUGGUCGCGCGCGAAAAACGACAGAGGAAGAAACGACAGAGCGCACCGCGAGACAGAUCGUUCCUCAACCUCGAGCUCUCGGGCGCCGCCGUGUGCGAAGGCUGCGUUGCCGCGUUCUAUCGCCAGCAGGCCUCGCGCCUUCUCCAACUGGCGAUUCUCGCUCUUCUUGACCUCAGCACUCCGCUUUCCGCUUUUUGGCUGGCCUGCGUCAACAAGGCGACCGCCACCUUCGGCGCCUCGUCGCCUCCCCUGUCCUUGGAUCCUCAAGUGCAUGCGAUUCAACGGCGCCUCAAAGCCGCUCUCGCGUCUUCUGCCGCGGUGCCGAGCGGUCCAAACAGCCUGAAUGAGCCGGGAAGAGAGGGACCGGGCCGCCUGUCUGCAGCGGGCGAGCGACAGAUUCUGGAGCAGAAGCUCCGAGAGCUUCAAGAACAGCGAACGAAUUUCCUUGGCGACAGGGCCCUCCCGACUGCGGCGCUUCGCCCCUUGCUCGACUACGAACGGGCCCGAGCGAGCGCAGGCGCGUCGGGAAGAAGCGCGAGACUGGAGCCCGACGCCGCGGGCGCAGGUGAGGGGACAGCAGGGAAGACGAACGGCGAAACUGAGGUAUCGAGCAGUUCGCCUCUCGGCACUGCAGCUCUGGUGUGUUCUCAAGUCUUGCCCCGCCACAGAGCAGCCAUGAGAACGAGCAUGCAACGACAGGCAGAACAGGAACUCAUUCAGACUCUUCUCCGCGGGCUUCUUCUCCUGGCCUGCGACGGCGAGGCAGAGGGAAGCCUGCUGAGACAAAAGAAUAGGUUGCUGGCUCGCCAGACGAGUGUACGUAUCGAGCAGUCGAGGCGAACGAAGGCAGAGGCAGAGAGGCGUCUCGAGGAAGGUCGCGAGGAGGACUCGGACGGCGAGUGUAGCUCCAAGGAGGUGGAGGAACUCGUGGCGAGACCAGGCGACCAAGAACAGAGCGAAGACGGUCUAGGAGCCAUGGAGUUCCUACGGGGGCUGCUGCGACACUUGGCCUUCAUCGCGGCGGCGAGGAUCUACAAGGCGGAGUCGGCAGCUCUCUUUAUUCCCGCGGCGCUCCACGAGAUCGAUCCGAUAGGCCUCCUCCGUGGCCUGCAGCCGUGCCUGUCUCUCGAGCCCUCGCGGUUGCUUCCGACGCUUCGGUGCAUCCAGUUGAUUGAAGAGACGGCGCGGUUGUUCUGCCUCGUGCAGCCGCACUCUGUCUCAGAGGCCAUGGAGUCGUUCUUCGCCUCUUCACUCUGUCAGCUGUACAUCCACCUGUGCUUUGCGGAGUCGUGGCGGUCAAAGGCAGCGGGGUGUUUGGUGCUCAUUCGGCUGCUCCGCACUUUGCCACCCGAGUGGGCCCAGCGGAACAUGAUUCGAAUCGCGGAGGCGGCCAUUUUCGUUUCGAAAGAUGCGACGGCUCAGUACGCACCGGUGACGCAGCUCCUCGCUUCCGAGUGCCUCAUUCUGCUCUUCACAGUUGCCGUCUGCGGCUACGCAGGCUCGGUUCGCCCGCCCCUUCUGCAGCUGGCCUUCGGCCUCAAGACCUCGCCGCUCUGGCGAGAAGACGACCGAGGGGGGCCGCAGGGCGGCGGCGAAGGGGCGAGAAGCAAGCGGAAGAUGGCGCAUGCGGACAGAGACGAGGGCGAGAACGAGAGGAAGAGGCAGCAAACGACUCGACGUGGGGAACAAGAUGUCGAAGACGAGGGGGACGCGGCCUUCCACAGCGCUCGAGAAGACGAAAUGAGCGAAGUGGACUCCGAGGAAGACGACCAGGAAGCAAGAGAUUUGAGGCGAUUCACCUCGCCCCCAGCCUCCUUCCUAGAGAAUCUGCGCCUCGCCGCAGAAGGUUGUCUCUUCAGCGUCCAGUACUCGACGACUGCCUCUCUCUCUGCAGCCGCACGGGCGCUGGUGCCUCCUCCGCUUUCCGAGAGCAGCCCGGUGGCGUACCGCGACCGUCGUAGCCGCCCCGCAGGGUCACCCUGGUGGAUGAAGCGCAGCGAGUGGCUCUCCUGGGAGACUCUCAGGCAGGCGACCUCGGCAGCUUCUCCGCCUGCGGCCGCUUCUCUGCCCGCGGCGUCGAGGUCGGAAGUCGACGCAGCGGGGGCUCCCAGAGGCGGCGAUGCGUCCCCGGGGCCGCCGUCGUGGCAACCAGAAGAGGAAGUGUGGACGGGACUGUGGAAGAUUUUCGAGAAGCUGGUGAUCCCGAAUCUCUACCAAGUUCGCCCCGAGUCUCGGCGUCUAGCCCAGCAACUCUUCGUGCUCGUCCCGCGCCUGUUAGGGACGGACGCGGCGACUCUGCUGGCGAAGGGGCCAGCGCGCGGAGAAGGCGAUAGUGCUUCAAAUGUCAGAGCGUCUCAGCGCGAGACCGAGCAGGGCGCGGGGCAAGCGCAGGACGGGUCGGAGGCAGAAGGCAAGGCCGCGCCUUCGUCGGCUGUGGCUGUGCCUGUUUCGGUGUCGUCUUCGUCGGCUCUCAACCGCGUCCUGAAGUGGGUGACGCUUCGCCCUGUCGCCCUACUCACGCUGCAGUGGCAGGCGGCCUUCCUGGACUGCAACUGCUUCCUCGCCGCACUGCGGCCGACGCCUCACGCCCUCUGUCCGUACACCUCAGGGCCGUCCGGGCGACUCACGCGAGAGGCCCAACAGGGCGAGGGGGCGAGGAGUCAGGACGGCGCCGUCUUGGCAGGGCUGGUGGGAAGCGCAGGGAGUGGUGUUGGAGGUAGGAGCAAGGAAGUCGCACAUGACUUUGCGCACUCCGAGGCGGCCGCAGUCGUCUGCUGGAUCAUUGAAGACGCUCUCGCGGUGCUGACGAAGGGUCUGGAGGCCGAGGCGAGCAACUACCCGUCUCCGCUCCUCGCGAAACCCGAGGCGCCUGAGCCGGCCGCGAAGGAGCAAGGAGACGCCGAGGACGCGCUCGCCGCCAGCAACCGCGAAGCUGAGAAAGGAGACGCGGCGAAGGACAGUGCGGCGCCGGGUGACGAACGAAGAUCGGGAAGUGAAGGCGCGCCACAGAAAGGAGACACGGAGGGUGGAAAGUUCCAGAAAGACGAGGCUUCCACGUCUUCGUCUCUCUCGCCUGUCGCCUUCAGUGUCGCCCACGGCGGCGUUCGCGCGAUGGCAGCAGCUGCAGCUUCUGAGGGCCCGGCUGCACAGGGCACCGCGGCGACAAAGGACGAGGCUUACACCAUGACCCUUUUGCUCGCUCUCCGCUUCUUGAAGCUCGCCCUCAUACACCCUGACUGGCAAGAACUGCUGGCCCGGCCGCGCGCGGAGCUUCAGAAGAUUGCCCAGAACUCCCGAGGGAGCGCGGACAGUCGCGAGGGACCCGCGGGUGGCUCGAGCGCGGCUGAGGAGAAAAAGCCUGGAGAGGAAGGGAGGGAGACGGGCGGAAGGCAUGACGAAGCUGGAAAGGCGGAAGUCGAGGUUUCAGUGAAGGGAAGCGAUGGAGAGGAGGGCGAGCCCGACGCCAACUCAGAGUACCGCGGACGCAGAGACGAAAACAGAGAGGAGAACGAGCGGAAGGCGACCAGCGAACAAGAGGAAGCAGACGAAGGAGGGUUUCUUCUUGAAAAAGGCCUGAACCGGAGCCGGGCGAUGCGGGAACACUGCGGGGCCAUGCUCGUGAGGUUCCUGUUCUUCGCCCAAGUCGACGUGGCACGAGGGGCCGCGCACGCCUUGCGCGUGGCACUGGCGUUCUGUGGAAGCCCGGAAGUUCUUCUCGGCCGGGCGCUGCCUUCCAUUCGUCGCUUCUUUUUGUCGUGCCGGCCUGCGUCCGCCUUCCCUGCUCUUGCAUCGCUGCUGGCGUCUUCCCCCUCGAACACAUUCUUCUUCAUCCUCGCCGCUCCCUCGCCCGCGUCUCUGGGGUCUUCGACCGCCGUAGACGCCGCGUCUCUCUUUCAGACGUCCGCCUCUCUGCCGCUGCCUCCUGCGCCCAUUCGCUUCGUCGCGCCUUCGCUUAUGCGAGCCCGCAUUCAAGGCCUGGCGCGCCUCCUUCAGCUCCUGCCGCACUCGCCUUCACCCGCGUCGGCCGUCGCGUCCCUCUUUGACCCGGGGUUCGCCUACCACCUUCUCAGCUGGUUUCUCCUUUCUCACCGCGAAGCAGUGGCGUCUCUCGAGCACGCGGGACUCUUCCAACAGCGACGCAAGCUUUGGAACUUUCUGAUGUGCGAAAGAAAGGAACGAGGCCAGCAAGUGCUUCCGCGGCCUCAGCCCAGCACACUCGGCGGACCCGCGGGCGUCCGAGGCGCAAAAGGCACUGCGGGGGUCUACGGCGAAGGCGCCGCCGCCGAGUACUUCAGGCUCUGCGGAACCGUGAACGUGGCUGCCACGGAAAUCGCGGCUGCCCUCUUGAGUUUGUUUUCCUUCUUCCCCGCCUGCAGUCGGACUUUCGUCCGCACCGUGCUCCUCGAGAUGACCUCGCCGAUGUCUCGCUUCUCUCUCUCUUUCGCCUCGUCCCCCGGUGCUUCAGCCGCUGCUGGCUCUGCCUCGUCUGUGGCGUCACGAGUUCAGGAGGGUAUGGCGGCCUCGUCCAGCACAGGCGACGAGAAGCCGGAGCGAGAACGAGACGAAGACGUGUGCAUGGAGGAGCGUUCGGCAGGCGGGACGGGCGUGACUGGGGCGUUUGGUGUCUCCGGGGAAGAGGGCGAAAGGCGACUGGCAGGCCCUGAAAAGGACGAGCUUCAAGAAGAAGAGAAGGACGUCCUGGCGCGCGCAAGGCCGACCGUCUUGGUGUCCUGCCCGUAUCGCCUCUCUCUCGGUUUCUUUCUGUGUCGAUUCGCUGCGGAGGCCGCUGAGGUGCUCCUCGGACCCCUCGGCGAGAGGCAAAGCAAACGCCAAGACGACGUCGCCCACGCGGUCAUCCUGCAGCAGCUCAUGCAGAUGCGCCAUACCCGCUUUCUACGGCUCCACAUUUGUCGUCGCCUGACCUCCCUGCUGCCAGCACUUCGUCUCCCGCACGUGAGACCGUCUCCAUCGCGUUUCUGCUCGCCUCCGUCCCCGGCGUCCUCCGCGUCGAUUCGAGCCAUCUUGAGGCUGUUUGCGAGCCUCCGCCAGCAACAGCCCGACUUCCUCUUUGCUCACUUUCUGGCUUCUCAGUACCAGCGACUGCAGAGUGUGCAACGCGGAACCGAAACGGAGCUCGUCGGAGGAGAGCGCGAGACUGUCGUCGCCGCCGUGUGCGACCUCGUGGAGGAUGUCGUGGCAGCCCUGAUGGCCCAGACGGGCUCAGGCACUUCUGAACACGCCAAGAGCGAGGUGCGGCCUCUGUCAGCGGAAGCCGGGGUUCCCGAGGGCCUUGCGCCGGCAUCGGGGUCUUCAGUUCGUGACAUCGAGGCCUUGGCGGACAGCUCGGAAUUUUCCAUGGCCAUUCAGCUGCUCGUCGCCUUCUUCCACUUCACGCUUCCGCCGCUCCAGGCCACCGUUGAUCCCGCGCUCCUCACGCUUCUUCUCUCCUCUUCGCCCUCGCCCGCCUCAGAAGAGACGUGGUUCGCAGCGACGCCGCGAUCGUCCAGCUCGUCGCCUCUUCUGCCCGUUUCUCACUCCGACCUCGCGUCUGGCGUCUUCGAGCAAACCGAAGACGGCAUCGUUUUUUCGCCUUCGGCUUACUCGUCGCUGCUCUCCCAUCUCCAACCCUGCCUGUCGGAGACUCGCCUCCGCAUCACGCUUGUGCUCGUGCGCUGCCUCGCCCUCGACGUCCACGGCGGCUCCAUCCAGCCGCUGGGCGCCCUGCGCGAUUUCCUGGUCACCGUCGCGUUGCCUUCGUUCUCGUUGAGUGAAAAGCGGCGUCUCCUGACCGCAUGCCUGGAGCACUUGCUCGCCGCCGUCGCCGUCGCGCCUGACCCUGGAGACGCCGGCGCGAGCCCGGCCGGAAGCGAACCAGGCGAAGCCGGCGAAGAAGUUCCAGAGGUUCAGGCGAGGCGAAGGCGGCGCGCCGCCCUCGUUGCGGAGGAGACGCGGAAGGCUGAGGCGUGUUUGAAUCUGCUGGCAGGCGCUGCGCGGGGCCCCGCGAAGGCGACAAGGGCGCUGGAAGGGCCCGAGGCGCGUGGGACUCCCCAUCUUCGGCUUCUCGCUGUGCAGCUGCAGUUUGUGGUGAUUCCGAUGCUCCACGGACUGCUGCCCUCGUCCUCGGCCUCUGAGUCCCGUGUCGUCGACCUCGAGGCGGACGCCAGCGUGGCAAGCCAGGGCGCGAAGACCCUCACCAAGGCUGAGGUCGACGCACUGGUCGCGUUUAUGGGCCAUGUCGCGAUCCUCGCGUCGGGGUUCACCCUCCGCACACCCCUUCACGGUUCGGGCGAGGAGGGUAAACAGUCGCUGGGCACUGAAACUGCGCCGGGAGGAAAAAGGCUGUGCACGUGGGAUGACGACAGUCUCUUUGAGUGUCUGUUCCCGCCGCGUCUCGACGACCGGACAGCGAUCCAGAUUCUCCGUCUGAUUUCCCUCCUCCUCCCAUUCCUCGAACCGUCGGCGGAGGCCAGCGCGUCACCGGGGGCCUCCCCCGCGAAGGUUGCGUUGGUGCGCUUCUGCUGGCUCCAGCAGCAGCCGCCGCAGAGUGGAGAAGCGCUUCGGCCGGCGACUCGCGGCCGUCUGGGAACUGAGGAUAGGCAGAGCGUCGAGGAGAGUCUGUGUGCUUUUGCCCGCUCCUGCAGCGUCAGCAGCGUCAGCUUGCAGCACGUGGCGCUGUAUGUGUUGUCUGGGUUCGGGUGUCUGUACACCCCGACGCCGCGUCUGCACCUCCAUCUGUUCUCGUCGCUGCUUCACGCGUGUCCCUCGCCUGUCCCCGACAUGAUCUCGGACGCGCUCUCGAGGCUGCUUCCGCGUCUCCCCGCCUCGUCUACGUUCGCCGUUUCUCUCGUGCAAGCGCCUUCCUCGGCCGCCCUUGACCACCUUCCCUUGUCGCUGUCGAGUGCAGGCGGCACGGGUCUCGCGAAAGAGAGAAAAGAGAGAGAAAAGGGCCCUCUGGCGGGCAGUGCUCUCCCCGUUGCGCCGCCGUGGAUUCGCGUGCUUCUGCGCACCAUGCAGGAAAUGCGAGUUCUCCCCUUCCUUCUCCACCCCCUGCAGUGUCUGUACACCUCCGAGACGCUCUUCUUCCCGUACCGGCAGACGCUCAUUCCUCUGCUUCUCAGCACAAACCAGCAAGUGCUUCGUUCCCAGCCUGCGCCGCCAGCAGGCGCCGCCCCAGGUGCGAGCGCAGCCGAGCAACGUGCCCACGUGCUAAAUGUGAUUUCCGUCCUUCUCGGUUGGGAACUGCGCAGUGUGCUCUUCUCGGCGGUCUUGCGCAGUGGAGGUGCGUGCACCGCCCGAACGGCGCUCGCGCAGAACGGCAGCGACGGGCAGAGCGGGGCGCUUGAGGUCGCCCGCAAGAAGCCGCGGCUCUUUCAGCGCGAAGGCGACGCCGAGACGAAUGCCGAGGCGGGGGCCCUCGAGCAGGGAGGGCGUGAACCGAAAUCGGCUGAUGAAGAGUCGUCCGUUUCAGACGAGGAAGAGAAAAGGAAGGAAGCCUUCCUGCAGAUGCAAGAAGAGCGACGCAUCUCACGCAUCCGGAGCGUCUUCGAGGUCGCAGUGGGCGCCCUUCGCAGCAAUGGAUGGUUCUCGCGCUGCUGUGAGCAACUCCACUCGCACGCGGCCGCCAUAAAACAGCAAAUCAGUCAGGACGUUCAUUCCCAGCAGACCGCAGGCGACUCGCCUUCCGAGUCGCCGGCAGCAGUCUCUCUUGGGCACACAGUCGACGCAGCCCUGUUCAGCAGGCUCACGCCGUCGGAAGUCAACCAGAUGGCGCUCCAGUUGGUGCGGUGUCUGACCCCCCUGCCUGUCUCUCCGUCGGGAGGAGUCUACACCACUUCCGCAGCGCCUCGGGCUCUCAAGUGUCUCGCCCUUCUCCUGCAGCUUCGCCCUUCGGCCUCCGUGCCGUUGGUCCUCGUCGAGCGGCUCUGCUGCCAGGCCGCGCAGACCUACGGGUUGUCAUCGUGGCUGACCGGGCCUCCGGUGUCGAACGACCGCGUGCCGGGGCAAGACCGCGAGCGAGACAGAGACCGAAACUUAAGCCAGCCAGACAAAAGCGGCGGCGCGAGCGCUGCUCAGACUGCGGGCGGCGCGUCCGCCUUCACCAGGCUUCUUCUCCUCGUUCUCGCGCUCUGCCAUGUCAUGGUGCAGCAGCGGGGCGCCGUGUGCGCCUGCGAGGCGUGUACCGCCGACGCGUGUGGGUACCGGCCGCCAGUCAGUGGACAGGCGCGGAAAGCCGCGGGAAAGUCUGGCUCGCAGGACGCAGAGGAGGCAGGUAUGGGGGCUGCAACAGAGCAGCCGGACGCGGAGGCGAGCCGCGACCAGAAACCGGGAACCAGUGGGCCUGGGCACGAAGAGGAGACGCAGGAAGGCAGACUCCGAGACGAAUGCGCCUGGCGAGCUGCGCUGCCGCAAAUCGUCGAGAUUAUCCUUCUCGCCGCUGCAGGUUCCAGCGACGGGCGAGUGCUUCUCUCCCUGCAGGCUCUCGUGGCAAAGAUUGUCCUUCUUCACCCGCCCCCGCCACAUCUGGUCAAGGCUGUUCGAGACGGUCCAAUGGCGUUUGCCGCGUGGGCCUCUUCGCGCAGCUUCACCUCGCCUUUUCCCUCGGCCCAAGCUGCGAGUUCGCCUCUCGCUCCGUGGUGGACGCUGCCCGUCAUUUUGCCGCUGCCGCGCGAGUCCGCGCAUUCUUCGACGCGCACCACACGGGUGUCCUCGCCUGUUGACUACUUUUAUUACCGUUUGUUGAGCGCGAUUUUCGCCGGGUUCCACUCGUGUGCGAGCUCGUCCUUCCCAUCCUACCCGUUCUUCUUCCUCCUGACGGCCGACCGGCGCAACGACGCGCAAACCGCCCAGUCUCUCGGCGUCUGGGCCGAGCCCCGUCGCCUAGCCAUGUCGUUCCCCGUGUCUGUACACCUCGCGGUCGCGCUCUGCUCCCUGGCGACCGUCGACGUCUCGGCCAGUCUCGGUUUCCUGCGUUUCCUGCUUCCCUCCUCGUUGCACGCGCUGCUGUCUGUCGUCUACGCUCUGCGCGAGUUCUCCCUUCUAGGGAAUCGGGGAACGGCGGCGCCCGGAUCGACGGCUCUGCCUUCUUCGCGCUCGCAGCCCCUCGCCGCGUCAGGCGCCUUCCGAAACGGCCAUCUGCCCGCGCAGGUCGGCAGCCAGGGACGACGCGACGGCGACGGGUCUACCCAAGGCGCAGGGCGCGAGACGCAGUUUUUCUUCGUGCCUCCGUUGUCCAUAUCCGAGGAGCACCUUUCGGAUUUGCAGCAGAGUUUCGGGCUUCUCCUCUCGCUUGUGACGGCUUCGCCCUCGCUUCUCCGCGUCACGCCUGUCGCGACGGAGAUGCUGGGCGAGCUGUUCCGGGCAGUCGGCGGCGGAGGCAGGCCUGUGGGGCGGCGAGACGGAAGCGAGAAGAGUGCGCGGGAGACUGCAGAGAGAAGCAGAGAAGAAGCCACGCCGGCGACUCUCCUCGUCCUUCCGACGCUUCUCGCGCUCGCCAGAGUCAUGAUCCACCCCGCAGUUUCCCUCGAGGACAUCGUUGCUGGGCAGGGAAGCUCGGCGGCGACAGACCGCGACGGCGAGCUUACAGGGGAGGCUCACCGGGACGGCGUGGACCUCCACGAGAUUCCGUGCCUCGCGUGCAGGAACGUCACGACCCGGACACAGGGCGACGUGGCGACAGACGAGAACGACGAUGAGAGCGGCUGCUGCUGCCGAAGCAGUCGGGCAGCGCGAGAAGCGAUUCAGCGCUUGACACCCGGCGGGGCUGUCCGAUGUCGAGGCCGUUACGUUGUUCGGGGGAGCGGUCGACGUGCAAGGCGAGAAGAGAUGGAAGUCGAGAUGGACGAGACCGCCGAGCGAAAGCGAAGGCUGGUCGGUGAAGACGAGCUCUCAUCCGGUGGCGAGGGGAUGUCUCUCGCUGCCGCCUCGUCUUCGGCCCGUCCGCUGGCGCCCUCAGUGACCUCCCUCGAAGACGAGAUGCUUCGCGCCACGCGGGGCCCGUCCUUGUCGCCCGACGGCGAGCCGACCUUCGACGACGAAGGAGAGUGGACGCUAUGGGGCGUGCUAGCUGCAGCUGCGUAUCCACAAGAAGGAAGGGGUUCCCGUCGUUUCUCACGCAUCCGUCGGAUCGCUCACCUUCCGACGCUCCCCGAGAUCGUCCGACGUUUCGCUGCGAGCACGCGGCCCGCCGUCUGGGCAGAGAGAGAGGAGAGACGGAAGGCGUGCGGACGAGACGCGAGAGCAGGGAGAGAGAGACCCGCGGCAACGGAGUCUUCCUCGCUGGAGGAAAAGCCGGCGAAGGGAGGCGAAGGCGUCGCGGCUGCGCAGAGCGAGAACGCAGGCAGCGGGGCGAUGGCGACGGGUCAGACGUCCGGCGCCGCGCAAGCAGAGGGCCAGGUCAAGCAGUGUGAGCCCGAGACAGAGAAGCAACAGAGCCACGUGGGAACGCCGCCGUCUGUCUCUCCGAAGGAGACGCGUUGUGGGGUGUGCUCGGCGAGGCGCGUGCGGAACUGCGGGCCAUUUGCCAUCGCAGACCUGCAAAACUUGCUUCUGGCGUUGGCGCCCGCGGGCGACGGGCACCCGAUGGUGGAGGCGCACGUGCUGGUGCAUUCUCUCAUCUUCCGCCUCGCGUGCUUCGACGCACCCCUGGCGCGCGACUAUCACAGCGUCCACAGGCGCGUCUCGCUUCUCCUCGCAGCUGCCGAUGAGGUCGAGGACGCGGGCCAGGCGGGAGAAGGGCUGAACGGUGACGGGGCGGAGCCAGCGGCGAGCGGCGAAGAAGUGGCGAUGAAUGGGGAAGCACAGGCGGUCAGCGGGGCGAAGCCUCGUGCGGUCUGUGGCGAGCGGGCGAGGCGGAAAUCGAGGGGUGUCUGCUUCUCGUGUCUGAACGGGUUGCUGGCGGAGCACCUAGACGACCUCUUCCUCUCGCAGGCGCUUCUUCGCUGUCUCCUCCUCGCGGCCCAGUCCGCAGUGCCCGCCGUCCGGCACGCAGCUCUCGAGUUCCUGCACGCUCGGCUUCCGCCCUUCUCGGCUCCAAGCCAAGACCGAGCGCUGGCGGGAGAAGCCCCGGGAGAGUCGUGUCCGCUGUGUGCUUUGAAAGAGGCAGAAGACGGAAGGCGCAAAAACGAGAAAAGGCACACAGAGCCUGAGAAGAGGUGGAGAAGAGACGAAGGCGAGGCGAUGGAAGCGAGUGUCGAGAGGCUGGUGUGUCUCCUGGAGAUGGGCGACGCGUGGGAAAUUGUGGGGGGACGGCCGGGCAUUCUCCAUUCGAUUGUCACUCUCGUGCUCAUGGCUUCUGGAGAUCUAAAGCGUCGGGAACUCCUUGGCGAUUCCGAAGGCGCCCGUCUUCCGCCACUUCUUCCUGCCCUCCCACUGCUCGGUUCGUCAUCGUCUGCUUCCUGGCUGGACGCAACUGCGGAGUGGAAUUCGUACUCGGUCUUUUCCCUGGAUCGCGCCUCGCUCUUCCUCGCGUCUCGCGGGCGUCAGCUCUCGCCUUAUAUUCGGGCAGCGACGCAGAUUUAUGCCUCUAUGUGCUCGACGGACUUCCCGGUUCCCUCGUUGCCGUUCGUUCUGCCGAGUGCGGACAAGAGCGCCGGGGCGCGCACCCGAAGUGUGCAGGAGCAAGAAGCUGAGAAGGAAGCAGACAGAGAAGAGAAUGGAGAGGCUGUCGCAGGAGAGGCGACUGCGGCAGGAAUGGAGGCAAGAACAGGAUCAAGGGACCAGGACGCGCGCGAGAAGAGAGAGGGCCUGGGGUUCGCCGCGGGGCCGUCUGGUAUUUGCGGCGAGAGGCGCGAAGAGGCGCGAGGUAGCUCCGGCACCGCCGACGCUUCGACGCUGGUGUUAGACCUCUCCUCGCAGGCUUCCUCGUUCGUGGAGUGGAAAGAGAACUUCGAUGCGGCGCUUCGCCUCCACACGCGCUUUUUGUCUGCCGCGUCGACUCUGCUGCUCUUCCCCGCUUCUUCGGCCUCGUCAUCCCGACCCGUCUCCCCGUUCUUUGCCCCCUCCCUGUCUUCCUCCUCCUCCUCUUGUCUCCUGGACCUGGCGUUCCUCGCCCCUCGCAUUUGUUCCAGUGUGUGGGCGUCUCUCUUCCAAGUGCUGUGGCGCGCAGGAGGCCCGGAGUCCCGGCGACUCCUCACCCGAGCAUUCACGCUCUUCCUCUCCAACCCGUGUCACCUGCGCAUUCCCUUCCUCUUUUCGCUUCCGCCUUCGCACCGGCGCCAGCAGUACCAUCUCCUGUCGGCGUCGUCUUCCUCGUCUUCGCUUCCGACUGGCUCUGGCCACGCCGGAGCAGCCACCGUCCACCCGAUUCUCUCUGCCUUCCUCAAAUGCUCACCGAUCCCCGUCUUCCCCACCGACUUGCUCUUUUACUUGGCGAAGACAUUUGCCUGCUACCACGAGAUCUUGCCUCUCCUUCAAAACGCUUUCCUCUGCGCCUUCUCUGAGCGCAUCGUCCCUCGCCCGAAAAAGGAAGAAGCCGGCGCGAUCGCUGACGCCGCGACCUGCCCUAGCGAUGGAGACAGCGCCGGGAACAAGGCCGAGCGUGGAGCAGAGCCUCGCGCCGAGAGGGCCCAAGAAAGCAGAGAAGAAGCAAAGGCCACGACCGAGGCCGACGUCGACAUGGAGACCGGAGAGAAUUCCAAUCGCCCGCCGAAUGCGGUCAAGCACGAGCCGCAAGAAGAGGCGCGAAGAGGACCAGGCGACGGAGCGCCCCAAGGCAGCCCACUGCCUCCGGAGUCUGCGAAGGAAGAAGACGAGAGCGACGUCGAAGACGAGGAGAUGGACGAGGACACUCUCUGGCAACUUCAAAGUGGCGCCGUUGCUCGCCAGGCUUCCGUCUAUCUCCACGAGCUGUAUGCGCAGCUGGAAGAGCCCGACUACGAAGCAGGCGUGAUCGCCUCCCGCUUAACAACCGCCGAGGGCAGUGCGGCACUCGCAUUCCUCCAGCACGGCUUCUACAAUCAGGCGAAGAAUCGCAUUGUGGAAGCAAUGAAGACCGUGGCGUCCCCACGCACCGAGUUAGAAGACGAAGAGCAGAAAGAAGAGGUUUUCUGGUGGAAUGUGUGCUGGCUGUCGACAACGAAGCACCUGAACCAGUGGAACUCGCUCAACGAGUACGCCAGCAACUUAGGCUCGGAGUCGCAUUUAGGACUGGACUGCGCGUCGAAACUGCAGAACUGGGACCUCCUCGAGCACAUGGUAGACUCGUACGGUGUUCAUACACCCUACACCAAGCUUUGCCAGGCCUAUCAGGCUCUCCACGAGGUCGUCUACCCGCGAGGCCGGCAGGACAGCGAAGCCGCCCCCUGGAUGCAGACUCAGAAGCUCCGCGAGAUGGACUUGCGAUGCUGUGAAGGCCAGCGGCUUCUUCUCUCCUCCUGGCGAAGGCUGCCUUCUGUGAUCACCGACGCGCACAUCGCGCUCCUUGUCCAGUUCCAGCUCUACGUCGAGCUUCUUGAGGGUUACCACUUGGUUGUCCAUCUCAGCCGGCGGCUCCAGAAGGGAGGCGACUUCCCUGCCGCCCGCACGACUCUGAACAGCUGGCGCGAGCGUCUUCCGAAUUCCUGGGACUCGAUCGACAGCUGGAACGAUCUGUUUGUGUGGCGCAACUUUAUUUUCUCCAUCAUCCAGUCCACCGUGACUUCCUCGCCGAUCCUCACUCCCUCGCAGAAGGCCUCCUGGCCGGCAUACGUCCAAGACAUGCCGUGGACGAUGCUCAAGUUUGUCUCGAUUGCGCGGUCGCAAAACCGACUACGAGAGGUCUCCCUUGCGCUGCUGAUGAAGCUCGACAACCUACCCGCGAUGAAAAACCCUGCCUACGCGACAGAAACCUUCAUUGCGAUGACGGAGAAAGCGAAGCUUUGUCUGGGUGACCCCGCACAGUAUGUCACCGGCCUUCAAAUGCUCAACGGAUUCGACUUUGACGUCCCCGGCCCCUCCUCCAUUUCCUCCGCUGCUGCCUCGCCCGUCGCGCUCUGCCCAGAUCCGCAUGUCCAGCAGCAGCUCGACGCUCAGAGACUCCAGCUUCUGAGACUCAAGGCGGUCCUCAUGUUCCGCCUCUACUGCUCGGAGCGGCCCCAGGCGUUCCAAGGCGUUAGUCGCGAAGAGCUGCUCUCAGGCGCCGACUCCCUCCUCCGGUCUACACUGGCGGUCCAGCCUCUCUACGGCGCGGCGUGGCUCACGUGGGCGAAGAUGAACGAAAAUCUGUUCUUCCUCCACAACGGCCCGGCGGCGCUCAGUGCGCUCGCGGCUUCUCAUUCGUCUCAAGCAACGUCGGCUGAGAAAGACAGCGAUGGCGCGAGCGCACCGGCAAGCGAGACGAAGAAGACGGAGGAAGAGGAAGCGCUCGUGCGGUAUCUCCUCUCUGCCAUGAUUGGGUUCCUCAUGAACCUACAGCUGCGGCCGGCGAAGGGGCGUCUCUAUCUGUCGCGCAUUCUCUGGAUCCUUUCGUACGACGUCGGUCCGAAAAGACCCCUCGCCCGGGUCUUCCGACAGCUCGCGCCCUCCUGCCCCAUUCAGUGCUUCCUCCCGUGGCUUCCGCAGCUCCUCAGCGGUCUCGACCGGCCGGAAGCGCCAGAAAUGGACGCAGUCCUCUACCUGCUGAUGCUUCAGCUGCCCCAAGCCGUCUACUUCGACAUCCGCACAGCCUACAUGGAAAGGCGAGAGUACCAUGCCCAGCAUUCGUCUUCCGGUUCCUCCACCCUCUCCACUCCGCUCAUGUAUCUUUCUCGUCUCAUGUCGCUCUUCCGCACCUCCUUCACGCCCCAGUGUGUCGCGCUGGAGCACCUGGCGGAAGAGUUCGUGACGCAGGCGAAACCUUCUUCCGUGGACGAGAUUCUCUGCGCCGUCCGGACACUCUUUCAACAGUGCCUGGAAAUCAGUCACUCCCACACGAGGCUACCUCCCGUCGCUGCGCAUUUCCUCAAGGUCAACAUUCUCUCCAGAUACCGCGCCCGGUACGGGCAACCCUCGGGGCCUUCCGCAGCGGAUACGCGGUCUGCCCACACGUCCAGUCGCACCAGCCGAUCUCCGCCGGGGUACAGCGGCAACGACGAAGCGGCGCGGCGCCUGAUGGAGGCGUUGUGGCCGCAUUUUGAAAAGGAUUUCUCCUUCGACUCGUCAGCGCCCAUUGACUUGUCGGAUGUGAUUGUGAAGCUGAAGAAGUGGAAGGAUCUGCUGGGCCGGCGCACGCAGUUGCUUCAGCGCGGGUCGUCGCUGCCGCUCGAGGACAUUUCCUACUCUCUGUGCGACCUGUUCCUCCGCGUCAACGUCCGCCUCGAAGUGCCCGGGCAACUAUGGAAAGCCAUCAGCGACCCGUCGAGUGCGGAAUUCGACACUGGAAGUCUAGGCACAAGCGCAGGCCCUCACCAGGCGAAUCUGCAUUCCGCGAAACCGUCAGCCGUCUCUUCUCGGCUCACCUCAACCACGGAGAAGGGGGGCUCUGGAGACAGUGCGAGGGCCGGGCGCAACGGAGCCGGUGGCGCGGCCGCUUCCCUGCUCCAGGGAGACGACGAAGACAGUGGACGAAGAACCGAUGGACACAGAGAUGGAGGCUCGCAGUCUUUGCUGUCCUAUUCCUUUGCUUCGACGUACGCAGCGUCGUCCCAGGCGGUGUACAUCGAGGGCUUUGCCAGCGAGGCGUCAACCUCCACGCGCUCCCAUUACACGCUCAAGAGGCUUGGAUUCAUCGGCAGCAACGGCAGCACCUACUAUUUCGUGGUCCAGCCGUACAGCACACAGCAUCAACGCACCGAGCAAAGGCUUCUUCAGCUCUUGUCUCUCAUCAAUCAACUCCUUUACAAGUUCAAGGAUACCCGGAGCCGUGGUCUGUCCUUCACGCUCCACGCGCAAAUCCCCGUUCACCCGCGUUGCCGCCUGAUGGAAGACCCUCCGAGCUUGCUGACUCUUCAAGAGAUCCUGCAGGAAGUUUCGGCGAGUGGAUCCGAGGCAUGUCUCGUCGACCCUGAUCUUCCUGUCUUGCUGCAUCGGCAGCUCAUUCGGCUCCAUCUCCAUCGGCUUUUAUUCGAAAAGGCGCACGAACUGAAGCGGCGCGGGGUCUCGAGCAUUCCGAAGGGUUUGCAGCAUUACCUUGCGGAGGCGACUGAGGGGGACGCCGCCCAACCGAAGCGCGAGGGGGAGAGGACCGACGCGAAGGAAGAAGCGAAUUCCUCGCCGAACGAAGGCGAUAGUGAGACGAGAGAGGGAAAAGAGCGAAGCGAAGAAGCGCCCGAGAAACAGACACUCGACGCGAGCGACGGAGGGGGAAAAGAGGCGGCACGCGAGCAAACGCCCGAGCAGGGCGGCAGCGAGGCAGUGGCACAGACUGAAGACGGCGAGGUCAAGUCGAAGGGCCGUGAGGAGAAACAGGGAGCGAAUGAACAGAAGGCGGAGGAGAAGGAGGAGCAAGAGGACGAGCGUGUGACAGCGUGGUACAAUGACGUCUACCGUGCAUGCCAGAUUCAGGCGUCGCAGGAAACGUUUGACGAUUUGUGCGAGCUCGUGUCCUCCGACGUCCUUCGUCUCUUUGUCACCAAUCUCCUCCCCAACAACGACGAGCUCUUCAUCUUCAGAAAGCGCUUCACGCAGAGCGUCGGCCUCUUCGGCUUGUUGAACUACAUUUUGUCGAUGGUAGAUAUCAACCCUAGCAAGAUCCGCCUAUCGCUCGAGACCGGCGUUGUGUCUCAGCUCGAACUGAAACCCUGCUAUAACGGAACGACCCUAUCGCUUGACUUUGUCGAGCGCGUUCCCUUCCGCCUCACCAGGAACAUCGAGAGUUUAAUCGGCCCGUUCGGGCGUCUAGGCGUCUUGCCGAGUGUCAUCUUCUCCUUCAUUCGGUGUCUCCGCUGCUACAAAGAUCACCUGUCAAGCGCCCUCUGUCUCUUUAUUCGAGACGACAUAACGGCCUUUCAUUUCCAGCGAAGACUGCAACAAAGCACAGCCAAUCCGGGAAAAGGCGGCAAAACUUCGCGUGUUCAUCAAAGCCUGCCGACCCGCGCGCUCAAAGAUAUUUCUGAGGCAAAUACCAGAAAGAUUCUGGAGGCCAUUGAGCGCAUCGAGAGCGCCCCAGCUGCUGCCGCCGAGAAGGCGACAGGCGCCUUGGCACCUGGCGAGGGAGGAGACAGGGAGGACCCGCCGGUGAACCACCACGUGAUGAUUCUGCUGAGCAUUGCGACCAAGAAGGAGUUCCUUGCAAUGAUGAAACCAACGUGGCAGGCAUGGUUUUGA